CUACGCAACAACCGGACACUGAAGAGGUCUCGGCUAAAUUAUAGGUAAAAUGUCGCCAGCGCCACCUUGGGACUUUUACCCAAAGAGUACCAUACCUUGUGGUUCACACCCAAUUUCUCUAACCGAAGUUCCCUCAAUCGCAGGCAAGACCACAAUUAAAACACACAUAGGGCCUAUGCUAUGUAAUAUAUUUAAGAAAUCAGUACAAAUAUGUACAACACAUUUAAACCAAGAUCAAAAUAAAUGCUGUUAAACACUAAUUCCUGGAAAAUAAAAUGAUCAAAAAUAACGAAAGAAAACAAGAUAUAAAACAAUCUUUAAAAAUUGGAGGAGAUAUAGGCUAAACGCGACCUUCAGAGGGGCUGCAGCCAAAUUCAAACUAAGGCAAGUGGCCUAAAAGUUCACACUAUACUGCAAUAAAUAAAACAAUCGCAGCAAAGGCACUCUUAAGGUAAAUGCACGCACAGGAGAAAAAUUAGCCAAUUGCUUUGCCCUCAGGAAACUCACAGCACCAAGCGGACCUCACGCCGGAUUUACUGUAGGCUACGGUGAAUCCAUCAUUCGUGAAAAUACAAUCAUUAAACACAUUAUAGAUGAGCUUAUUAAUCAAGAAUAAAACUGUGUUUAGGAAUUACAUAGGCUACUAAUGUGUAUUCAUGUAGGACCAAUGCUUUAUAAAUGAUGAAUUAAGCAUUUACUUAUAGGCAAACUAAUGUUUGGUGUGUAGUUAUUGGGGAUAAUCUUUUUAACACAAACAAAGCCAGUCCUGAUCUGUAAAAGCUGCAUGUGACUCCUUUUCACUUGCUGGGAGAUCAUCCCCAAUUGGUGAAGAAUAAUUUAUUACAUCAAGUGUCUAUGUACCAAACUCUCAGAAAAGUUGAGGUCUGCUCCGACUCUCAAAGUUGAGGCUUUUUCUGUUGGACACUGCUUUCAUUAAAUCAAUGUUGGGUUAUUUGGUCAUACCUUGCACUAUACUGCACUGUCAUUUUUCAUUCUUUGUUGUAUUUUAUUCCAUUUAAGCUAUUUUACUUUACUCCUGAGAGCUGUCAGCUUUGGUGUUUGAAUGUUUCCACAUGUGACCUGGCGGAGGAUGCGACUCUUGGUCUCCUGGCAUCGGCACUGGAUUGCGCGAGUCAGCGUCUGUGUGUGUGUGUGUGUGUGUGUGUGUGUGUGCGUGUGGGCGCGCGCGCGCGUGUUCGGUGCUUAAGUACCUUGGACAGCGCCAGGCGGCACAAACGCACUUGAGCAAGCGUAUGUACUUCAGCGAAGCGCUCUCUCUUUUACAAAACAUAGCCACCCGCAUAGCCAGCUUCCUUCCUCCAGUUUUGUUUCCUUUAACCUUUCUACUCGGACUUCCUUGUUCGGAUAACCUCUCUUUUCAGCCGGGUAUGAAGCAGUAGAGCUGCGCCGCGCUCGGAGCACCGAGAAGCGGACUCCUCUCUUGCCCUCCCACUGCCGUUUCCUCCUGCUGGAUCUUGAGAGAUGCCCGGGGCAGGAUGUGCUCCAGCCGUAAGAUCCUGUGGAGCCUGCUCCUGCUGUCCGUGGUGGAGGUGGGCCUGGGUGUGGCGAGCAUCGUCCUGGGAGCCGUGGGCAUUAGCUGGGUCCGGGGACAGCACAAGCCGCAGCAGGGCGACGCGUCCCCGGUGUGGAGCGGACUCUGUUUUCUGGUCUGUGGGAUGUGUGGAGUGCUGUGUGCUCGCAAGAGGACAGGUCUUAUUAUGAUCUUAUUUUCGGCAUGCUGUAUUUGUGGUCUGAUUGGUGGGAUCCUAAACUUCCAGUUUGUUCGGGCGCUGAACAAACGACCAGACUCCAUGCAAUCGAUCCAUCUGGCUGCCAUGACUCUGGCCUGUCUGGGGAUCUCUUCCUGUACCUUAUCCACAUGGCUUACCUGUCGCCUGGCUAGCUCCGAGCAGCAGAGGAUGUUCCUGGAGAGGGAACACUCACUGCACCAUUCGCAUGAGAUGACCGAGAAGGAGAUCCUGGACAACUCCAGUAACGGCAUUCCUCAGAUAUCUUACAACGGACACACCACAGUAUCACCAUGACAACGUGUCACAAAAGGUUACUUGCACACACUGAAACAGAGGCUGUUCAUGUGUAUCGCUUGCUGUCAGAAGACAAUUAAAGCCCGUACUUCUUUUUACACAUCCUGUGGCAGAUGCAAUAACAAGAUCCUGACUGCAGGGAGUGAAUGGUCUCUCACCUAGGAACCCAUUUUCUUUACCGCCGGAGUAAAAAAAAAAAAGGACAUUUUGACAACAAGAGGGAGGCGUUUGUGCUUCUGAAUGAUUAUGCAAACACAGGUUCAAAUCCCCUCUGAUCAACUCAAACCAAAGCCAGGAUGGAGAGCUGCCGUUUGGGUGAUAAUUCAGGUGACAAACAUCUGCAUUACAUCAUCUGACCUUUAAACUAAUUAGCAGGACGGAUAGAUUUUAUCCAAUGAAACGCCUCAAAGUGAUAAGCAAAAACCAAGCAUGCAGCUGAUUCACUUGAAGGGCUACUGCUUUUUCAGUCUCAGUGUCUUUAUUCUCUCUCCUCUCUCUGUCUUGUUAUGAGUUUAUGGAAUGCAGAUCUUGAGAUAGCCUACAGUAAACUGUAUCGUCUGAUAAUGGAAUGCUAUAUGAAAUACAGUGAUGCGCAAUUUACUGUAUUGUAUAUCCAUGCUUGUAUAUCAGGAAUCUAGCCGUAGCUAUAAAUCCAAGAUAUUUUUAUAAAUGCUUCUUAUAAAAGUGAAUUCAAUUAAAGUAUAACAAAUCUGA